AUGGCUCCAACAACCGCAUCUAACCCACCUCCGUUCUCAAUUAACGGAUUGAGAGCUAAAAAGAAGAACGAGCUGAUUGAUAUUGCUUCCUCCUUGGGUUUGGACACAUCCGGUUUGAAAUCUGACUUGGAGAGCAGGAUCAAGUUAUACUAUAAUCAACAGACCAUCAAUCACGCAACGGAAGACGCUUCGCCGGCAACUCGUCGGUCUGGUCGCACCUUUUCUUCCCAAACACACCAGGAAGCGGUGAAUGGAAACAGAACUGAAGGUCUCCAGACAUCCAUUAAUGAGAAGCAGGAAAUUCAAGAUGUUCCGAGAGAAACAACUCCAUAUCCCCCACAACCAUCAGUAGUAGAAAAUUCACAAUUGACGCCAAUUCCUAGGGAUACAGAAACACAACCCGAGCCGACAAAAGUAUCACCAUUGGAAUUGCUAAAAAGUUACCUAAAUGUGAAUUCACCUCGACGUAUUGCUGACAAUAUGCGGCAGAAAGUAACAGAUGCCCAGUCGUUAGUUAAAGUCUUUUUGGCUACAGAAAUAUUGAUAUUUUUAUAUUCUGCGAUUGAGUGGAAAUCAGAUGCCAUCUUAGAUCCAACUUCUGACGAUUCUUAUUAUCCCGGUCCCGACCUCUCAGUUCUUAUUGACUGGCACCAGUUCUGGCGUCCGCUUUUAAACUUUUUUGCUUUCCUAGUCGUUGUCCCGUAUUUGCUUUCUUAUAUCUUCAAUUUCGAACCGUCUCGGCUAUCAUACAGUCCAUUCGCGUUUGCAGUGGCACAGGGCGCGAUGUUGGCUGUUUCCUCGGGGAAUCUUGAUUGGAGUGAAGAUGUUCGUCAAUACAUACCUGAUGUUGUUGUUUAUGUGGGCGCCACAGUCGUGGGUUUGUUUGCUUUUUACGAGAGCAUGCUGUUUACCAAGAUGAAGGCGUAA